AUGGCCAGGGGCGUUGGGGACCCCUGCCCUAGAAGAAUGCAAGUGGAACCUGGGCAAAAGCUGCUUUCCUCUGCCCCUGCCCCCUCAGCAUAUCCCAACCCAGUGAAGAAAGCUGUGUCUCAGGAUCCUAUCCUCCUACCCAAUCUCCAGCUGCCGAUCAGAAACACCUCUCAUGUCAUAGCAGAUGAAUCAGGCUUUGGCAUCAUCCCACAAGACCCUGAAAAGCUACGCAGCGUGGGGCUAAGGCUCGGCGCCGGGGCGCCGGGCGCACGAAUUGUGCGAGCCUCCGGGCGAGCUGCGCGCUGGACAGCACCUUGCCCCGCUUGCUUCGCUGCUCACUGCGCCGUGCGGUCUGCCGGGAUCCUGGCGUCUAGAGUUCCAGUUCCUAAACGCAGCCCUGAAGAGCGGGGCUGUGAAGGUGACAGGACCGUGGACUUUCACAUUCAGGCACAUAUCAAAGGUUUAGGGCAAAGACAAAAGGAGGAAGUUUUUUUCAGGAAGAUCUUCAUCUUGCAACUGGUAGAGCUCGUGCUAACCUACAAUUUUACUGACUGUGACUUUAAGAAUAUUAAAGAUAUUUACCAGGACGUCAUUCAUCCAGAACUGAAUGUAUAUAUAAAUGGGACGAAGAGUAUCAGGUUUAACAAGUUCGUCUACUGUGAAGACGCGCCGGAUUGCCUCAUUAAAAUCGAGCACUUUACCUUUAAACCCAUAUACGGCUGCGCCUCACUUGCCAAGGAAACCUUCGCCAAGCAAACUAAUGCUACGCUCUCCCUCAGGUGCUCAGGCUACUCCGGAAUUCAGAUAAAUAAUACUCAGACAAUGAAGAAAAGAAGGAAAAGAGAAGUCAAAACAGAUAAAUGCCUAGAACAAGUCUCAUAUUUGAUAGAACUGUGGAGACGUUUCAGCCGCAUUUCAUAGAAACAAAGUAAACCUUCGGUAAAGUCACAUUUCACAGCAACAAAGUUAAUCAUCUUUAUUAGGUAGAUGGAACUGUUAACUCUAACUGUGACAUUUAAAAGCCCACUAAUAGUUUUUUUUUUAAUUAUAAAAGGGUUUCUUAGCUUAUUUUUAUAAGCUUUUAUUGUUUAACGUAGGUUUAUAAUAUGGGGGAAGUACUGUCCUUCAGAUGUCGGAGGAGACAUUUUUUUAACAUUCAUGCCUGAACCACUGAAUUUGUGGCAGUAAUUCUCAGCUGGAACUACAUGAGCCCUGCUCAAAGAAAGAAUCUAAAAGUGUAGUAGAAGGAGAACUUUUUCAAGGAAAAAAGUUGAACACUAUAGCAUGUAAACCUCUGUUUAAAAGGGAGACAUUUCUUCCAUGUGUACUGACACUUCUUGUCUUUUUAUACCAAAAAUUUACAAAAGAAGAGAAUUAAAGAAAAAAGAGUGCACAAAAGUUGUACAUAUAAUGAAGCAAUUUGAAAUAAUUUCCAAGCAAAAUAUUGUGAAAGUAUUCUAAGCCACAUUUUAAAAAUUAUCUAACAGACAAGAGUGGUGCAUGCAAGCCAAUCCCGAAGAAGUGCCUUUGUUAGAGUUGAAAUAUAUAUAUUUUUUAAAUUUAUGGAAUAUAUCUUUAAUUUAUUUUGUAAGCAGUUUUUUAA